AUGGUGGACAAAGAAAAGGAGGAGCCAAGUAGAGCAAUGCACACAGUGGAAAAAAUAAUUGCACAUCCUGAAUUUGAUAUAAAAACUUACGACAGCGACAUAGCCCUUCUCAAAUUGAAGGAACCUAUCACAUUUUCUGAAGAUGUUGUCCCAGCAUGCCUUCCAGAAGAAGACUUUGCUAAUGACGUUCUGAUGAACCAAACGUUCGGAAUUGUCAGUGGCUUUGGGGCCAUGUUUAAACGUGCGCGGCUGGUCAAAAGAAUGAAAGUGCUUCAAAUCCCUUAUGUGGACAGGGACACAUGCAAGCUCGCGCUUCGCAAUCUGGUCACAAAAAACAUGUUCUGUGCUGGUUAUGAUAAAGAUGGAAAAGAUGUCUGCCAAGGAGAUGGAGGAGGCCCCCAUGUAACCAAAUACAAUGGCACUUAUUUUGUUACUGGUAUCAUCAGCUGGGGAGAAGGGUGUGGAACGCAAGGGAAAUAUGGAGUAUACACCAAAUUGUCAAAGUUUCUACCCUGGGUAAGACAUGUUUUGACAGAAAACUCUUAA